UUCCGGACUGGUGGCAAUCGUGAGUCUUGCAGGAAUCCUUGUUUAAAUUUAAAUUCGUUACAGAAUAUUAUGUUGGAUCAAUGAAUACUGAAAGGGAAUUAAACUAUUCUAACCUGGAUCAACAAACUACCAUACUGGAGUACGAAAUUAUUAUAGGGGAACUCACGAAUGAGCUAGAUAACGUAAAAAAAGAACAUUCAAUUCUCAAAUCAAAAAUAACAAGCCUGGUGGAAGAAAACAAUAAUUUAUCAAAGCAAUACAAUGAUUUGUUAGUUGAAAAAAUUAAUGUUGACCACAAGGAGAACGAUAUCACCCAAAAUUUGCAACAACAAAUACAUUUUCUUACAAAAGAGAAGGAGAGCUCAACUAAAUUAUGGCAGAAUGCGGUAAAAACUAUAGAUUCAUUGGAGCAAGAUUUACGAAUUUAUCAAAGUGGGGUGGAUGGAUUUGUUCCUAAAAAAGAUGUGUCCAAACUAAAGCAUAGUUAUGAUGAACGAAUUCGCCAUUUAAGCAGUGAAUUGAGUUUUGCUAAGGAAAAGCUACAAGAAAUGUCCAAAAGCAAUUCAAAUACAUUGGUGGCAAAAUUUUCAGAAUUCGAUAAAUCUUUGGAAGUCCAGGAAAACUCGUUUAAAAUCAUUCACAAUUUGGAACAAGAAAUUUUAAGCCUGCAACAAAGACUUCAAGAGUUUGGAGACGUCAGACAGAAGCUGGAAAAGAAACUGAAGGAUCAAGAAAAAGAAGUUUCAACGGUACAAAAAAAGAACGAAGUCUGCGUGGAAAAAGUGAAGGAAUCAUUACGGGUUGUAGAAGCAGCUUUAAUAGAGAAAGAUGCUGCUUUAAUGAGAGAAAAAGAACUAAAGGACAAAAUUGUAGAACUAAACAACAAUCUUUCAGAUCAAAUCAAACAAUCAGAUGAUAAACUUAUUAAUGAAAUUUCACGGCUUAAAGAACAAUACGAAGAAAAAUUGCGGGAUACUGAAAAAGCAAUGCGGGUAAUUGAAGACGAAUUAAGAAUGAAAACUUUUGAGAUGCAAAAGUACGUGGAAAAAUGCGAGUUACUGGAUCACGAAAUUGAACGUUUUACCAAGGGCACAAUCCACUUGGACGAAAACAGUACUUCUAAAUUGCUGGUUUUAGAAAAAAAUUUAGAAGCUACGUUCCAAAAAUUGCUGAUUUCAGAGAAGCAAAAUGUUUCGCUUCAAGCUCAAGCAGAUGCUAUUAAAAAUGAUAUGGACGAAAUGUCGAGGCAUUUCGAAAGGGACAUAAAAAACAGGGAUAUUGAAAAGGUUGGGUUGCAGCAAAGAAUUAAACAGUUACAAGCGGAACUAGAUGAAGCUACCUCAAAAUCUGUUAAAGAAUCUGAUAAAAUUGAAAUGUUGCAGCACAAAAUGAUGAAUAUGGAAAAGGAAUUUAAUGAGAAUUUAGAAAAUAAAGAAAGGUAUUUGAAAAACGUACAUACAACGGAAAUAUCAGAAUUAAAACAAGGGUUCAAAGAAAAAAUUGAGGCGUUAACUUCGCAAUUGGAACGACAGCGCGACUUAAACGACAAAUGGAGAAUCGAGUGUAACAAUAUAACUGAAAAUUUAGAACGGCUUAUAAGAGAUCUGAAAAACGAAAUGUACAGAGUUAAAAAAGAGAACAAAAAGCUGACCAAACGGUUAAAAGAACAAGAUCGAAGGGCAAACGAAUAUAAAAGCUUUUUACAAAUUUUGUCUGAAGAUGUUACGAAAAUAUCUGAAAAGGCAAUCAUUGAAAAGGACACAUGAUUUUAGCUUUUUGUUAAAUAUAUUUUUUAAUAAAAAAAGUAUAUUUUAUUUUCGAAAAUAUAUUUUUAUAAAAACAUUUAAAUGGACGAUAAAUAAAAUAUUUUUAUC